UCUAGUUGUGAUAGAUAAUAAUGAUUUAAUAUUGGCAAUUACUUUAAAUAUUGAAAUUAUGUUAAACAAAACACAAGUGUGUGGUUACCUAAGUACCUGAAUUAUGGCAUUUUCUAUUGGAAGUGAUUUCAGUACCUCAUUUACACAGGACUCUGAUGAAGUUCAAGAAAUGUUUUGUGAACAUUGUGAUAAACAUGACAAUCAAUAUGUUCCUGCUGAGGGAUUUUGUGAGGAAUGUUUUGAGUACUUGUGUGGAACUUGUCUAAAAUACCAUAAAAUAUAUAUGAAAUCCCAUACCAUCAAAGAUAAGGAUAACAUGCCACAGGACUUCUGUCUGGAGAAAUGUUCUGUUCAUCAAGAUGAAUUGAUCAAGUUCUAUUGUCAAGAUUGUAAGAAAUGUGCCUGUACUGAAUGCAAGACUCAAGACCAUGGGAACUGUAGUAUAAUCAGCCAUUUGCCAGUCCUUGUUCCAGGAAUUGAAAACAGCCAAGAAAUUAAAGAACUCACUGAAAAUCUUGAUAAGUUAAUGAAAGAUUUGGAACAUACAGAAAAACAUGUGAACAUAAACAUGAAAUAUGUUGCUUCAUAUGAAACAAAGAUAUUAGAUACAGUCAUGAAAAAAAAGAAAGAAAUAUUGUCAGUGUUUGAAAAACAUCAGACAGAUAUAAUUCAAAACUUUGAGAAAAAAAUAGAAGAAACCUUACAAAGACUUGAAGAAGAGAAAAAAGAGAAAAUUGACAAAUUACAAGAAAAUCAAAGGAAAUUAGAAAAGUUAUUAAAUGAUGAGGAGAAUGAAAUAAAGAAGAAAAUUGAAAUCAUAAAAAAGGAUGACGUGAAAAUUUUGCAGGCAAUCACAGAGGAAACCUCUAAAAUGAAAAUAAAACUAAAAGCCAUAUCAACGGAACUUGUCUAUCACCAAACUACAGAUCAUAGGUGCCAACUGUUUGUUGCUAUGAAGAAAGGAGAAGAAGUCAUUGAAAAAUUGAAACGAGAUGCAGAUAAACAAUGUAAAAACAAUUCAAUUCAUCAUUACAAAGUAGAAUGCAAAGCUUCUGAACAAAAUAUUACCAAUAUACAAGACUGUGACAAAUUUUUCACCUAUCAAGAUAUACAUGAAUCUGAAGUACAAAGAACUGCAAGUUAUUACACAGAUAUAAAAUUCACAGUUAACUCCUUGUCAUCUUUAUGCUUAUUAUCUGAAAACUGUCUUCUAUAUACUUGUUUAAAUUCUAUGAAGCUGAUAAUAUUCAAGGAUUUGUCAGUCAGCACUUCAUCAUAUGAUACAACAGACCUGCCCUCAGAGCCUUGGGCUGUUGCUAAAGUUGACAAUAACAAAGUUGCUGUCACAUUUCCUGAACUUGGAACAGUAAGACUGAUAACAUUCUCUAAGUGUAUGAGAGUAACCAACACUGAAGAUAUAAAAGUAGGAAAAGUUUGUCGUGGUGUUGCCUAUAGUAAAAACAAACUUAUAGUAUCUUACACAAACAGCCCAGCAACAGUGAAGAUACUUAAUAUGUCUGGUAAAGUAUUGAAAACAUUUGAUAAAGAUCAGCAUGGGACAUGUCUGUUUGUUGAUCCUCAUUACUUAACAGUCAGUGCAGACAACACAAUUAUAUAUGUAUCUGACUAUAAUAAAAACUGUGUGAUAGGUUUAACCUUUGAUGGGAAAGUCAAGGCCAUUUACAAGGAUGACCAGCUGAAUAAACCAUAUCAACUGACUGUUGAUAGGUCUGGAGCAGUGUUUGUAUGUGGAUGUUGGUCACACAAUAUACAUCAAUUAUCACCUGACCUGACCAAGGUGAAGAUACUGCUGGAUAGAGAACAAGGAAUAGAAUGUCCAGUAGGUGUGUCAUACUACCAGAAUAAAAACAGAUUGUAUGUGUGUCAAACUCUUGGUGACAUUAAAAGUGUAUGA